CCUAGUUGGGGGCUCCCUGCCCGCCUUCCGGUAGCCGCGCCUUGCCCCAGGCCAGGAAUGGUUUUAGGGAAGACUUGCCCGAUGACAAGGCUGUCACUAUUGUUCUACACUAUCUGACAUGAUGGGACCAGGCCAGCCAGCUUCAGCCUGUAUUCAUCUAGCAUCUAGUACCCAGCUAGAUGGGAGUAGUGACCCCAGGAAACUUCAGACCCAGAACCAGCUGCAGUUUAAUAGGAAUGUUCCUACACAUUCAAGCAACUUGGCAAUCCGAUAUUCUUGCCCACAUGGAAUUAGAAUUGAAAAACUGAAGCACUCAUACAAUGAAUCAUACCAUUGUAAAGAUUCAGAUUUUAGAGUCGGUCCUGACCUAAGCAGUUCUGUUUCAUUUUCUGUCAUAUCAGAAGAGAGACUUAGCUAUGCGGUCCACCUAGCCAAGAGAGAUGUGAAACGAAGACAAUUUGAAGACCACAUAAAAGAACAUCAUCUCAGAAGUCAGCCCCAAAGCACUCAGAACUAUGGACAUACUAAGCAUAAAACUUCUGACCAUAGGGUGGAAAGGAGGGAAUCAGAGAGUCAAGAAGUCUGUCAGUGCAGCCACCAUCCAUCCAAAGUAGACAUUUCCAGCUCAGGUGCCAAGGUAUACCUAUACACAUCUCAUCCGGGACAGUCAGAUCUUACUGUGCCAAAUUUACCACCCACCCGUGAUUCAGGACUUCAGCCACGGCCCAGGAUAGGUAACCGCAAAAACUUAUGUGAACAUAAAAGCCUGCUGGAAGUUCAGCGACUUCAGAAAGAAUUGAGCAGUUGUAUCCACAAAAUUGAAGAGGUAACUAAAAAAGAUAGACUAGAAGAAGCUUUGGAUCCAGAUGAAGAACGGCGAAUCCGUAUCAGGAGACAGGAGCAAGGUGUUCGUUGUGCCCGAAUGUUCUACGAUCUCCAGCAGCAGGUAAAAGAAAUCCAGGAAGAAUUGGAUAAAUUGAGUCCACAUAAAAUUAAACACACUAAAAAGUCAUGGGCAAUGUCUAGGCUGGCGACUGCCCAUCGAGGAGCCAUUAGGGCCUUACAGAUGUUUGUCACUCAGUUUACUGACCGAGGGGAGCACCCAGUUCCUGCUCGGUGUAGAGAACUGGGCAGUCUUAUUCGCCAGCUUUCACUUUGUUCUGCCAAGCUGGAUGCCGAUCCUUCUGUCCCUGAUGUGGUUAUAGAUAUCCUGCAACAAAUUGAGGCUUUGGAAUGUCUCCUGGAAAAGAAACUGUCACCAAAAAAGGUGAAGAAAUGUUUCAGUGAAAUUCAGAGCAGAUUUCCUAUUGGUAGUCAAAGGACCUUAGAGAGAUGGCCAAAUACAUCGCCAAAGAAUGAGAGAAGACCCUUCGUAGCAAAGGAGACAUUUCCACAGGAAACAGGUCGAUCUUCAGUGGUGAAGAAACUUCUUGCUGAUAAGUAUCAGCCUGAUAAAGAGCUUCCAGUGGCCCAGAGGUUGGAGAGUGAGCUUGAUGUAUUAGAUACGGAUAUCCUUCUGGAAGAAGCCCCAUUUGUUCUAGACCAAAGUGCAAGCUUCAAAGACGAGGCAUUAGCCCUGGCAAAAACAAGAGCAAUGAAAAAGAAGCCUGUAACUGAGAACAUGCCAUUUAGAAGGAAAGAUACUCUUGUGCCAGCAAGACUACAGCAAGGACUCCACAAAGCUGAAAGAAGUAGACCAAACCACCCUCAUAGCAAAAACAGGUUGCAACAGAGAACCGUCUCAUCCAGAUUAAAAAUGAACCAACAGCCUGUGAAAGACCACAGGGCUCCUUGGAUACCUCCAAAUCCCACAUCUCCACCAGCAUCUCCUAAAUGUGCUGCAUGGCUGAAGGUGAAAUCUAGCCCCAGAGAUGCUACAAAAGAAGUCUCUCUCCAGCAAGAAGAUACUCAAGAGGAAGGUCAAUUGAGAAGUGCUGCUGAGCAUGAAGCAGCCAGGCUUGCUUGGCUUGAUGUUGAAACUUCCAAAAGAUUAAAGGAACUAGGAGAAUUAAAAGCAGAAGAAAUGGACAAAAUGCAAAAACACAGGCUUGACUGGCUUGAUGCUGAAACUUCUAGAAGAACAAAGGAAUUGAAUGAACUCAAAAGUGAAGAAAUGGACAGAGUCCAAAAAUUGAGUGUUUCUGCCACUCGGUUAGCAGACAAGGUAGAGGAGGCAGUUCUGGAGCGUUUGAAACCUCUUCUGGUCAAAGCCCAGAGAGUCAAUUCUUCUGUGGAAGCAAAUACUCAUUUGAAGGAUUGUCCAUCAGUAAACACAGCAACAGCCCAGUCUGCAGAGGAGGCUACAGCUGUUGAUUCUGAAUCCAACAACAUUCGUCAGCUGGAUGAUUUUUUGGAAGAUACUGCUCAUGAGCUCUGGGCUGUGACUCAUGCUAAGAUCUUGGGGUCUGAAACCUUAGCCGCCUUGGAGGAUAGUAAGGACAGCCCAAACCUGGGGAUCAUGAUGCUCCGAAUGGAAGAAAUGGAAAAAUACCAGGAGACAGUUCGCCAAAGGUACAAUAAAAUUGAAUAUACCGAUCCUCAUUUUUGGAUGCAGGAAGAAAAAAAUGAACAAAAAAUUCCAGCAGUAAGUGAAAGGCCUCUGCCUCCUCAUCCAAUCAGGAUCACAAAGACAGCAGCUCGCAAGGAUCCAGCCGUGACCAUCAUGUUAGAAAAGCCCUGCAAUGGCAAUUCCCUGGAUGAAAGUGUGGUAACUGAGGAGAGAUUGGAGAAAAGAGAAGCUGUCCUUCCCUCCUUUGCAGGAGAUUCUCAACAGAAAGAAGGCCGAGCUCCCCUCUUUGUCCCACCAGGUAUGCGGCACAGCAUUGGUGACUACUGCAGUCGUUUUGAGCAGUACCUCCGGAUGAUAUCUCAUGAGGCCAUAGGCUCCUUCAACCCCUGGCUGAUAGCUGAAAGCUUUUCUGAAGAGCUGAUAGAUGACGCUCUGGGGGACGUGGCUGCUGAACUCCAGGAUGUGUGUGAAGAUUAUGCAGAAGCUGUGUUCACCUCAGAAUUCUUAGAGGCUGCUACGUAAAGGCUCUCCAAGGCCGCUCGUGUCACACUGGAGAAGGGACGGCGCCGCCCUUUGUUUUAGCCCACAGGAAAUCUUUAUCCUCAGCUGUCCAUCCAGGCCCAGAAGGUGCUGCCCAAUGAAGGAAGGAAGAAGUGCCAGUGGGGUCAUCCUCACUUUGCAUUUUCUCAGAGCAGUGGUUCUGGAAGUUUAUGAUGGGAUAUGUUACGUUUCUCGGUGCCCUGGAAAUGUGAAUUGAUUAUGACAAUAUAAUAUUUUCGGAAUGUAUAAUUUUCCUAUUGAAAUAUUAUUAUGUUCUUUCCUCUAGCUCACUUUGGUGAUCAAAAUGUUUUGAAAGGUAAUAGAUAAGUAUAUUUCACAGAGAUUCAAGUUGCUUUUGAACUCUGGGAGGCAUCGAUGCCAACACAAGUGUUGUUACUCUCUGGUCCCAUCACCUGACCCAGGUUUCCCAUCUGUGGCAGUUUCCUGUCAGGAUGCCUGUCCCUGCUAGGUUAUAGACUCAGGCAGAGCACAGUUUGGUUAUGCUGCCAAACCUCUGCUCUACUGCAGCUUAGUAAAAAGAGGAACCCCCCAGUUGUCAACACACUAUAAUAAACACACAUUUCUUUAAUGUUCAAUUCCCAGGUGAUUUUUCACAUUUUUGGUUCCUCAGAGUCUUUUAUUGCUGUGUGUUGACACAUUCCAUUAUAAAAAACUUUCUCUGAUUUCAGAGGAAGUUUGAGGACAUCAGGAGAGGACCAGGCAUUCUCCUGAGCCUGGUUAAAGGUACAGAGCUCACUCUCUCUCUGAUGGGGUCAGGAGUUUCUACAUUUCCAUACCACAAAGGAGCCCUGUGUGGGAGCAGAGAACAGAUCUGGAUGGCUUCCCCAGAGACAGGGAGAAAUUGAAUAGCUUGGUCCUUGAACAUCUUAUAAGUCAUGUUUUGCCAAGAGAGCAGUCUCUGUGUUUUCAGAAACUCUGAAUUCAGAAAAAGAAAAGAGAUGUGCAUAAAAAUAAAACUACAGCCUGGCAAAAGUUUCCUUCAGUUUUUUGCCUGAGGCUUGGUGGAAGAAAUGUGAAGAGACAAUGACAUGAGACGUGUCCUAGGGAAUAAUGUGAGUCUUUUUAUAACGUGUGUGGUCUUGUCAUCUGGGAUUUUUCUCCAAAGUACAAGUAUUUCAGGUGAUAAUUUAAAUUGCUAGAUCACACUUAUUUGUGCAAAAUUGUGUGAAAGUUUUUUUAAUGUUAAUGUUUUCCUGCUUAAUUUUAUAUAACUUCAGAAUUUAAAGAGCUUCAAGGGAAAUUACAGGUCUUUAAUCUGAGGAGUUAAAUAUGUACACUUGAAUUGACAGGAGCACCUGUUGUUGAUAGUGUAAUUUGUGUGGCAGUUUUU